AUGGUGAAAUCCUUCUCCAUUAUGUUGAUUUCUUCCAUUUUCCUCAUCGUGAUUGUGGCGCUUUCAUCACCUUCCGUCGUUCUUUCGGCGGCCGCGGCAGGAACUAGUGGGGCCCACCAGCUGGGUUAUUUUCCGAUGAUACUGACUUCUUCUUCACCGAUCUGUGAAGGUUCGAUGGGGGAGUGUUUUUCUGAAGAAAUCGAUGAGUUCGGAAUGGAAUCGGAGAGCAGCCGGCGUAUGUUAGCAUACCGUCGGAGAUACAUAAGCUACGGUGCGCUUAGUAGGAACAGAGUUCCAUGUUCAAGGAGAGGUGCUUCGUACUACAAUUGCCGUCCCGGAGCUCAGGCGAAUCCUUACCAACGUGGAUGCAGUGCCAUCACCCGCUGCCGUCGUUGA